UGGCUGGCACGGGGCCGCUGCGCGAUGCCGGGUCCCUUUCCCAGCUCCAGAGCUGUUUGUAGCCUGGUCUGGGUGAGUGGCUGUAAUUAACCGCCAGCAAUUAGCACGUGCCAGGUGAGCGUGGCAGCGGAAGGAAGGUCCCGUGGGGGGCACAGACGAGGAGCCCAAACCCCUCCCCGGAUCCGGGGGCUGAGCCGGGCCCCGUGCCAGGCACCCGCCGCCCCGCGGGGCGAUGCCAGGCACCCGCAGCCACCUCCACCCAGCUCCUACAGGGAGGAUUUGGCCUCUGAGCCCUCUUUAUUCUUAUUUUUUUGGCUCUUUCAUGGCUGCCUUUCACUCCUGGGGGGUCCUGGAAGCUGCACGUGCAGGGACCCAGCCCCGAGCGCCCGUGGGAGGCGAGCACGGAGCCAGCACCGGCACCCACCCACCCCUGCCCCAUCCCUGCCCGCUGCGGAGCCGCGGGACGGGCGGUGAAUGGGGCGCUCAGGGCAUGCUCCUGCAUUGGGCUGCCCUCCCCAAAUCCAUCCCCGGUUUCCCCCCGGGGGGAGGGCGAGGCAGCGGGGCGCUGUCUGGCUGCAACGCCCUGCUCCGAAAGCACCCGGCGUGCCCGGGCAGCUGCCUGCAGCCGCCUCCUGCAGCCCUCGUGGGUGCUUUUGGCACGGGGACGGGGGGGGGACACGCAGCCUGGUUGCUCCCACCGGGCAGAUGCCCAGGGCUCUGCCCCCACCUGUGGCACCCGGCGGUGCUUUUCCGCGGGGACACGCCGGGAGCUGCGGGGACACCGCUCUGGGCGCAGGCCAGCAGCUCCCUGUGGCCCCAGGCUCGGUGUCCUUGUCACCUGGCUGAGCCGCUUUGUUUGGAGGCACAGAAACCUGCUGGACUUUGGGGACUUUUGGACUGUGGGGGCCAGGGGCUGACCGUGGUGGCAGUGACCUGGGGGCCGGCACGGGCACAGGGGACCCGUCCCUGCGGAGGCAGCGGGUGCCCACGCACACCCUGUGGGGCUUUGGGGAGGGUCCGAGCCCUGCCUGGGCGAGGGCAGGGGGUGGUUUGGGGACGUUUUAGCUCGGGUUGCAGAGCUGUGGUGGGGCCCUUCCCUCCUCCCCGACCAAACCACGAGCGUGCUCCUGCAUCCACGCUGCCCAACCGGCACUGCCACGGCCACGCUCCAUGACGCAGCCGCAAUUAAAGCCUGGCCUGGCGUGGAGGAAAACCCCGUGCCUCCGCGGGCACGCUGGCAAGGAGAGGUGUUUUCAAUCCCUUCCGAGCACCACCGAGCUGCCUCGGAGGGCGUCUUCUUCUCCCGGCGGUGACUCAGAGGGAGCCGUGAGCCACCUCGCCAAGGGCAGACCCGCUCCAGUGCCGCCCCGCAGGGAGCAGGAGAGGCCACGGUGUGGGGACGCAGCAAACACGGGGCCACCGAGCCACCAGGGGACAAGCACGGGUCAGGGAGGCUCCGACGGCGCAGGGCAGAUCCAGGUCGCGGCGCGUGCCCCCCGCGCCCCCCGAAGCCGCCCGCAACCCGCCCGGACGAUGCCCGUCGAGGCGCUGAGCGCCGGUGAUGCCACCAAGGGGGCGGCGGUGGCGGCGCCCUUCACCUCGGCCAUGCCCAUCCGCAUCCUCAACAAGGGCCCCGAAUAUUUCCGACGGCGCCUGGAGCGCGCGCGGAAACCCAGCGCCGUGGAGAGGCUGGAGGCCGACAAGGCCAAGUACGUGAAGAGCCAGCAGGUCGCCAGCACCAAGCAGGAGCCGGUGAAGCCGCCGCUGCUCAAGCAGCCCCUCUUCGCGCCGGCCGUGCGCCGAGCCAUGCUCACCCCGAGCCGUAAGACGCCGCCGGGACCACGCCGCUCGGAGGCAGGCGCGACGAAGACCUCCCUCAACCUGGAGAUCCUCAACAACCUCAUCAACAUCUGCGACAGCCCCUUCCCCAAGGCGGAGAGCCCGCGGGGCCGGGAGUGGCAGUGCAAAGCGGAGACGCCGAGCGCCAGUGGCAGGAGGGCCGGCAAGGCACCGGAGAGCCCCGCCGCCACCAAGCCCCCCGGCACCGUGGCCGUGCGCAGGGUGGACGUGCGGCCCUGCGGGGCUCUGCCCUCUAGGGUGGCACCCACCGGCCAGGUGACACCGGUGGCCUUGUCACCCGCCCCGGGCAGGCUGCCUACGGCGGCAGCGACGGCGGCGGCUGCGCUGAGCUCGCCCAACCGCCCGGAGAGUGCCCGGCGGCAAACCCUGCUGCACCGCUCCAAGUCGGACCUGAGCGACCGCUUCUCGCGGGCCACCGCCGACCUGGAGCGCUUCUUCAACUACUGCGGCCUCGACCCGGAGGAGGUUCGGGACAUGGGCGCCGAGCAUUUCGCCCGCGCCAGCUCCGACAUCGUGUCCGUCAAGUUUCACAGCGUCAGCACCGCCAGCUCCGAGGGCGGCCGCUCGCCCCGCAGCGCGGCCACGCCGGAGGGCCGGCCGGCUGAGCGCAUGCCCUACGGCAUCUCGGUGGUGGAGCGCAACGCCCGCGUUAUCAAGUGGCUCUACGGGCUGCGCCAAGCCCGCGAGCCCCAGCAGGUCUCCAACGUGUAGCGCCGCUGCGCGCCGGCGCAUGGUGCCGAUGCCGGAGCGGUGGGGACAUCCGGGACCCUCGGACUCAGGCGCCGUGCCUCGUCCCUGCUGCUCUUUGUUACUUCGCCUCCUGAUGGAGCUGGCUCUGGGGGGGCCCCAAAAGCAGCAGCCAGGUCCCCGUCAGCCCGCGGAGGGCUGGGGGUGAGGCUGAGCCUGCUGGCAUCCUGCUGGUCGGGGCUGUGGGGUGCACGGCCGGUGCCACCCGCACAGAGGGGGCAUCCCGGCUGCACCCAUGGGUGCCAGCGUGCAGGAGCGCACGGGAGCCCUGAGGGGCACUGCUGGGGACCUUGCAUGUGGCCAGGGGGUGAGGAUGCAUGCGGCUGGGGGGGUGGUCACAGGCGGCCCCCAUCCUAACGUCCUGGUGAGUGUCCUGGAGGAGCUGGGUGCUCUGCCAGGGGGGCCAGAACCGAGCUCCCCUCGGAGCAGCCCGGGUCUCGGUGUGUGCGUGCGUGUGUUUGUGUCUCCCUUUUUGUCUGUCAGCAAGAAAGCCCAGGCAUGCUGUGCCCUCUUAUUUAUGAAGACGGUUUUAUCGGUCUCCUCCUCGUUUCUACUGGUUUUCCUGAUGCGUGAUCUGUAAAAGAAAAAAAAAAAGAAAAGACAAGUGAUAACAACGGAGAAGGUUUUAUUAAAUUUCUCAGCUUUG